CAAAUUGGUUGUUUUGGAUGGUGGCUGUUUUGUGAUCAUCUCUAUGUGCAAAUCACGUCCAUUUAUUUAAAGUAGAACCCCCUUCAUCUCAGAAACUUAUGGUCUAUGUCAAAGUUUCGUACAAGCGUAACAAGCCCUAGAAUUAAUGCAUACAUACUGCAUCUGGAUUCAUUUUGCUAUAUCUUUAGAAAUUUGAAGAAACUUCUGUAAUUACUUCAGUAAAUUCAUUUCCUAUGGAGUCCAAAAGGUUUAAGGAUGUUCAUGUAGAUGUAGUAUUGCUUAAAAUAUAAUUGGUGAGAGAUUAAUAGCAUUCUAAAAUAUUGCAAACAAAAAGGUUUGAGUUAACCCUACGGGUUUAGGCUUUGGGAAAGAUUGCAGCCUGUGAUGGACGCUGGAGGCGCAUGUCACAGGUUCGGAUUACGUGCUAUGCAAAAAAACCUGAAUUUACGUGGUGCGAGGGCAUAAGGGCAUUGGCUUAUUCAAAUAUCCGUAGGUUACCUGCAAGGGCUACCUCAUAUAGACAGAAGGAAAAAAAAAGAGUACUGAUUGAUUCUUAAAACCAUAUCUGGUACCUAAAAAUUAUGUCGGCUAUUAUUCACUGUAAAAUAGGGAGUGCUGUUGAUCUGAACUAAAAUUGGGUGCUUCAUUCAGCUUUACUAAUUCGGAUGGAGAAAGGUAAUUGGCAGAGAUCAUAGUUCGAAAUAGAGAAGGAAAAGGUAUGGCAUCUCUUACACCGGGAGUACUGCUAAAGCUUCUCCAGAGUAUAAAUUCGAAUGUAAAUUCGUGGAGAAUAUCGGUCAGUUCUCCUGCAAGUUUUCAGCAUUGUGCCAGCCCUGUCAGGCUCAGAAGUAUGGCCUUAUAAAGGGUUCUUUAUAAAAGUAUCUGAUUCCUCACAUUCAACCUAUGUCUCAUUAUCGACGGAAGACAAUGAGCUAAUUUUGAAUAACAAGUUAAAACUUGGGCAGUUUUUCUAUGUUGAUAGAGUGGAAGCUGGAACCCAGUUCCGAUUUUAGUUGGUGUGAGACCUGUGUCAGGGAGGAAUCCCUUCAUUGGGAAUCCAAAAGAUUUGAUGCAAAUGUUGGUUCCAUCUGAGGGUCCUGUGGCAGUCGAUAAUGAAGUUACUGGUUCGAAAUUGAGGGAGUUGUCAGAAGUGAAAGGGGAGAAUGCAAGACAGAAAAUUAUUAUCAAAGAGGAAAACGCUGGUGUUGCAUCAGGUAUAUGCAGGGUGUUUUGACAGGAACUAUUAAAGUUGGUGGAGCGGAUUCAAGUGGGAAUUGAGAAGAGCAAUGAGAGUGAGAACGGUGGACUAUGUAAGAAGCGUGGAUUGAUGAAUGGCAAGCAGCAAGAAAAUAAAGAUCAGGAUAUCCUGUGUCUGAUUCUGAUCGAUACAUACGAGAAAAUAAGGUUUCCUUACAAUAACGUGCUUCGUUUGUUGAAUGCACAAGGCCUUGCUCUGCUGCAUGAAGAUGUAAAAUGUCGAUUAAGUGGCAGUUGUUGGUAUUAGCAUUGCAGGCACGCCCGGCCACGCCUUAUCGAAAUCGACCUGAUGCACUUUCAUCAAAGCCAGAGGUGGCCGUUUCCAAAAAGGCUGGUUGUUCUCAAAAAAACGCUUUCAUUCUUGUGCACGAUGCUAACCACAUAGAAAAUUGUCUUUCUUCUUGAUGCAAAAAAAAUGAUCUGUUAUGCAAUGCCUUAAAAAAUGAGUCACUAACCCACUAAUCGAAGCAACAGAUAUUAUAAGAAAACCAUGCAAACUCUUUCAUCAAUCUCAGCAUCACAAUGCAGCUCUCUCUUUUCGCAUUGUUUGCUAUAUUCCAAGGGAAUGCUACGAAGGAGAUAUUUAGCUACCUUGGUUGCAGCUGAAGCUCAAAAGCAGGCAUCUACUGCUGCAGCUCUUAUCAAGUGCCUCAAUAUGUUUGCUGAGCUCUGCGCCUCUGCCUCACCAGAGAACCCCCACCUCACUCUCACAAAAUUCCUUACAAUCCAACAACUCAUCGACCAACCAAAUGUAACAACCCCAUUCGAGGAUAAAUCACUGCGGUUAUUUACUGACUUUUCUGCCCCAGAUACAGAAAAAACAAGUAAAAAGACAGGUCUAAGUUAUGCCAAAGCUAAAUUGAAGUCUCCAAAGCCUUCAAUGGAGCUAAGUGCAAGUGAGAAGCAGGAGUGGGCUAAAGGAGAAGGUACAAAAGAGAUCAAAGAAGUCCAACAGACUCUUUUGAAUGAAACAAGGGCUUGGUUUUUGAGAUUCUUAGAGGGUGCGUUGAAUGCAGGAUGGUGGGGACACCAGACCCACACCGCAAAUUACACGAGUAUAUGGACGGAGACGACGUAGGAUGACCCAGCCUGCCACGUUUUGGUUGGGAGACUAAGCCCAUUUGGGCCUAUCUCAUUGUUAUUUUAUUUAUUUAAAAUUAUUUAUGUUAAACAGUUUGAUUUGAUGGGUUGAGCCCAAUAGUGAGAUGUUUUAGGGUUUUACUAUUUAUAUGUUUCUCUAUCAUUUUGUGAGACGGUUUUGAUUAUUAAUGAAAAUAUUGCAGACUUUGCAUAUCUUCAAU